GCACAUGCGCACAGGCAGCGCGGCCGGCACGCGGCGCUCGCGCUCCCUGCUUAAAUGAGCCUGGGCGCCCCGCGCACGCCACUUCAGUGGAUCCUGCACCGGGGCCGCGGGCGGAGCUGCCAGCCAGUCCCGCGCCGCGCGCCUUCACCCCUCGGCCCUCGGGCGGUCGAUGGGACGGGGCGACGCGGAGCAGGAGGCGGCGCCCGUCGGGGGGCUCGGGCCGCGCGGGAGCCCACCGGGGGGCUCGGGCAUGGCGGGCCGCAGGACCUGAGCCCUACCCCGCGGGGAGGCAGCUGCUGGCCGGCGAUGGGGACAGAGCGGGGCCACCGCCGCCGCGCCGGGCCGUGAGCGCCGCGCCGCCGCCACCGCCGCCACCUCAGCCCCUCGCGAAGCGCCGGGCAGCUCGGGAACAUGGCCCUGGAGCGGCUCUGCUCGGUCCUCAAAGUGUUGUUAAUAACAGUACUGGUAGUGGAAGGGAUUGCUGUGGCCCAAAAAACCCAAGAUGGACAAAAUAUUGGAAUCAAGCACAUUCCUGCAACCCAGUGUGGCAUUUGGGUUCGAACCAGCAAUGGAGGUCAUUUCGCUUCACCAAAUUAUCCUAACUCAUAUCCACCAAACAAGGAGUGUAUCUACAUUUUGGAAGCUGCUCCACGUCAAAGAAUAGAGUUGACCUUUGAUGAACAUUAUUAUAUAGAACCAUCAUUUGAGUGUCGGUUUGAUCACUUGGAAGUUCGAGAUGGGCCAUUUGGUUUCUCUCCUCUUAUAGAUCGUUACUGUGGUGUGAAAAGCCCUCCAUUAAUUAGAUCAACAGGGAGAUUCAUGUGGAUUAAGUUUAGUUCUGAUGAAGAGCUUGAAGGACUGGGAUUUCGAGCAAAAUACUCAUUUAUUCCAGAUCCAGAUUUUACUUACCUAGGAGGUAUUUUAAAUCCCAUUCCAGAUUGUCAGUUUGAGCUCUCGGGAGCUGAUGGAAUAGUGCGCUCUAGUCAGGUAGAACAAGAGGAGAAAACAAAACCAGGCCAAGCCGUUGAUUGCAUCUGGACCAUUAAAGCCACUCCAAAAGCUAAGAUUUAUUUGAGGUUCCUAGAUUAUCAAAUGGAGCACUCAAAUGAAUGCAAGAGAAACUUCGUUGCAGUCUAUGAUGGAAGCAGUUCUAUUGAAAACCUGAAGGCCAAGUUUUGCAGCACUGUGGCCAAUGAUGUAAUGCUUAAAACAGGAAUUGGAGUGAUUCGAAUGUGGGCAGAUGAAGGUAGUCGGCUUAGCAGGUUUCGAAUGCUCUUUACUUCUUUUGUGGAGCAUGCCACAUUGUUUAUCCAUCCACCCAUCAAUGGGCAUUUUGUUUGUUCCCACCUUCUGGCUGUUGUGCAUAAUGCUGCUGUGAACAUUGCUCCCUGCACAAGCAGCACUUUCUUUUGCCAUAGCAACAUGUGCAUCAAUAAUUCUUUAGUCUGUAAUGGUGUCCAAAAUUGUGCAUACCCUUGGGAUGAAAAUCAUUGUAAAGAAAAGAAAAAAGCAGGAGUAUUUGAACAAAUCACUAAGACUCAUGGGACAAUUAUUGGCGUUACUUCAGGGAUUGUCUUGGUCCUUCUCAUUAUUUCUAUUUUGGUACAAGUGAAACAGCCUCGAAAAAAGGUCAUGGCUUGCAAAACUGCUUUUAAUAAAACCGGGUUCCAAGAAGUCUUUGAUCCUCCUCAUUAUGAACUGUUUUCACUAAGGGACAAAGAGAUUUCUGCAGACCUGGCAGACUUGUCAGAAGAAUUGGACAACUACCAGAAGAUGCGGCGCUCCUCCACCGCCUCCCGCUGCAUCCAUGACCACCACUGUGGGUCGCAGGCCUCCAGCGUCAAACAAAGCAGGACCAACCUCAGUUCCAUGGAACUUCCUUUCCGAAAUGACUUUGCACAACCACAGCCAAUGAAAACAUUUAACAGCACCUUCAAGAAAAGUAGUUACACUUUCAAACAGGGACAUGAGUGCCCUGAGCAGGCCCUGGAAGACCGAGUAAUGGAGGAGAUUCCCUGUGAAAUUUAUGUCAGGGGGCGAGAAGAUUCUGCACAAGCAUCCAUAUCCAUUGACUUCUAAUCUUCUGCUAAAGGUGACGUGAAUUCUUAAGUAUGUAUGUACGCAGCCUCCAAGGCACCAUACUGUUUCCAGCAGCCAACCCUUUUCUCCCAUCACAACUACGAAGACCUUGAUUUACCGUUAACCUAUUGUAUGGUGAUGUUUUUAUUCUCUCAGGCAGUCUAUAUAUGUUAAACCAAUCAAGGAACUUACUCUAUUCAGUGGAAACAAUAAUCAUCUCUAUUGCUUGGUAUCAUUUAUAGGAAGCACUGCCAGUUAAAGAGCAUUGGAAGAGGUGGUUGGAUGGAGCCAGACUCAGGCUGCCUAUUCGUUUUAGCAACGGGAAGACUGCUCUUGACUGAUACAGCUCUGUCAAUAUUUUGAUGCCACAAUAAACUUUAAGAUUUUUCUUUACAUUUUAUUUUUCCUUUCUCUAAAUUUAAUUUGUUUUAUAAGCCUAUACUUUUACCAUUUCAGUUUCUUACAUAAAUACAAGUGGUUAAUGUACCACAUAUUUCAAUAUAGGCAUUUGUUCUUGAAUGUGUCAAAAUACAGCUAGUUACUAUGCCAAUUAAGACCCAGUUGUAUUUCAUCCAUCUGUUUCUUCUUGGCUAAUCUCUGUACUUCUGCCUUUUAAUUACUGGGCCCUCAUUCCUCAUUUUCUGUGAGAAAUAAUAGAUGAUAUUUGUCACCUUUCAAUUACAUUUUUUCUCAGUUAUACUGGAAAAUUUCAUAAUCCUGGGAUAUAGGUACCAUUGCCCACUAUGACUAACAAUUUGAAAAAGAUAAAAAUUUCUAGCAAGCCUUUGAAGUUUCCCAAGUAUAGUCACAUUCAGUGACAGCCCAUUCAUUCCAGUAAACAAAGUCAUUUCGUUCACUUUGGGAGAGGCCUAUAAUUACGUUUAUUUGCAAUGUUUCUCUUCGCUAGAUUGUUACAUAGCUCCUGUUCUACUGAUUUUGCUUACCACAUAUGGUAACCAAGGUUAGAUGCGAGUUAAAAUUCCUUAGAAACUGGAUGAGCCUUGAGAUUGCUUCUUACCUGGGACAGGACAUUUUUCUAGCUCUUAUCAAGAAUAACAACUUCCACUUUUUUUUAAACUGCACUUUUGACUUUUUUUAUGGUAUAUAAACAAUAAUUUAUAAACAUAAUAUAAAUGCUCAUUGUGUUUUUUUAGACUUUUGAUAUUAUUUGAUACUGUACAAACUUUAUUAAAUCAAGAUGAAAGACCUAUAGGACAGAUUCCUUUCAGUGUUCACAUCAGCGGCUUUGUAUGCAAAUAUGCUGUGUUGGACCUGGACGCUGUAACUUAUUGUAAAGACCUUGGUAAUGUGGACAUAAGCUCUUUCUUUCCUUUUGUUACUGUAUUUAGUUUGUGAUAAAUUUUUCACUGUGUGAUAUUUAUUGCUCUAAAUCACUACACAAAUCCUAUAUUAAAAUAUACAUUGUACCUGACCCUUUAAUCAUGUAAUUUAUACUACUGAGGUUGUGGAUCUUAAGGUAUGUACGGAAAGGAACUCAUUUAUCAAAUUGUAAGUAAUACAGACAUGCCAUUUAAAAGAGGUAAAUUCUUGUUUUCUAUAUUUUGGUAGUAAAUUCUCAAUGAAAUAAGUUGAAGUUUCACUGGAUUUCAUUAACUUUUAAAUAUUACAUAUAUGUGUUUUCUCAGAUUAGUGAAAAUUGUGACCUUAAAUAUGAUAUACACUGCCUCAGAAUGCUUUCUUAUAUCAAAGUUUAUGUUUUUUUAAAAAGUAGAUAAUAUUUAGGAGACGGAAAAACCUAUACGUAAUGUAUUCAUGAUUUAAACUUUUUUUUUAAGUCACCAUAGUUUCUUAUUUUAAAAAUACAACUUGGAAACAUGAAAAGACUUGAUGCAUAUAAUAUUCAAUGAACUAAUACCAGAGACAGCUAAGUUUUUUCAGUAGUUAUGCUGAAUAAGCAUUUUAGUAGGUAACUUAUGCCAGCCAACAUUUGAACAGCAUAACAAAUACUUAAUAUAACAACAACUAUGAUCUCAUUCAUGAUGAUAAAAGGGAAGUUAGCAUAUUUUCUAUGUAAAAUUAUAUUCAUUUUUAAAAAUAGCUGUUAAACCUAUAUUUAAUCUUUAUAGUAACAAAUAAUACAGUAUGCUAAACUGUAUUAUCUGUAGUCACUUGUAACUUUAUUUUUGAAAUUUGAUUUCUAUUUUAUAAGGUCUUGAAGAUGCCUGCAAAAUACAGAGCCUUUAAAGAAGACAUGUAACAGUAAAACAGAACAGAAGUACACAGUUUUAUACGAGUCAACGUAGCAAGUAAAGUUGAGAUAAUAAGUUUCGUUUGAAUUUUCUGGCUGCUAAAACAAACAGUUUUUGCUUUUCACAGUAGAAAACAAACUUAUGUGCAGAGGCUAAUUUCCUCUUGAACUACAGCAUGAGGGUCUGUAUAUAGGAACAUUUCUUCAGAAUGGAAAAAAGAUGCAGAAUGCAGAGAUUAUAAUGGUGCAUCUUAACACCCAGCGAAGGCACAACUUAAUGUCAUCUGGGAACACUGGUUUGGGGUCAGUCUGUAUUUUCGGGGAUAGAGCUAAAGAACCAGAUGAUCAAUAGCUAAGCCAGCCUUAGCCUGUCACAUGUUAUACGCCUUCAUUGAAUCAUAGAUGGGCAUUAGAUCUCAUUCAUUUAUUAAAGUUGUCUAUGCUUUUGGAAGAGGUGAGAAUGGAACUAAUACAUCUUAGACAUUAUUGCCAGAAUAAUGCUAAUUGCUGUAUAUAUAGCCUUUAAUCUUUGAGAUCAAUGAGAAAACUUUACAAAUUGCUUACUAAAAGGAAAGCCAUAAAAUUUAAUAACAAGACAUGAAAUGUAGCCAUCUUGUGGAAGUCAUUACACAGUAUUAACUGUCCACAGGGCACCCCACACAGUACCCCAGUGUUUAACACAAGAUGCAAAUCUGGAGGGCAUAAAUAUCUUCAAUUCAGAAACAGUAUUAAGUAUAUCUGUAGAAUAUUGUCACCAUCACCUUCCAUCCACAAUUCACCGUAUCAUCCCUCAAAUGCCCACAGAUCUAUUGCAGGAAACCUACUAAUCCCAACAUCUAAAGCAUGUAGGAAUAAGGUGUGAUAUUCCUUUUGUGUGUGGGGAGAGUUUAAAGGUUUAACAAAAAGCAGAGAAUGUUCACAUUUCACAUCACGAAAGAUUUCAAAGACUUCUUUAACCCGACAGCGGUUAUGUCAGUGUCUUUGCUAUGCUUCAUAGAAUUGUUAGACUUUAAAAGAACCUCCUGAAAGUCUGCCUCUGAACAUUUGUGUGGUUCUGCCAAUGUCUGAUGAGAAGAAUGCUUCUCUGUUUCAGGAGUGUGUUCACUGAUGAGAGGGGACGGGAGAAGCCUGGUUGUGAUUUCAGGAAUAAUUCUCAAAGGAGAUUAUGCUCUUAUUGCAAAAUGGGGUCUGCUAUGUAUUGUUCAUGUCACUUUAUUGCAAGUAUUAAAAAUAAUAUGCCUUGAACCACACUGAUUAGACCCAGAAGGAUCAUUGAGUUUUUGGUGGUUUUAAAGAUCCAAGAAAGACUAUCUGGCCCAAGUGUAUUAAUGAGAAGACUGAAGCCCACAGAAGUGAAGUCAGCCCCAGGGUCCCAAGAACCCCAGUACUCUUUUCUUUUUUUGCUGCCUCUUGCUUUUGUCAGCUGUAGGUUUUAAAAGUCAAGCACUCCUAAACAGCACCCAGAUGUUCCAUGUAAGCUUGUCAGUCAUUCUGAAUUGAAAUGUAAUUCUAUAAUUUUUUCAAUGCAUUAUGUUUCCCAUUUAAAUGUAUGUAACACUGUUCUACAGUUUUGCUGCCAUGAUUCCUUGGCACCUGUGAAUUCUUACUGAGCAAUGUUUGUUAACAGUAUACAGGCUUGAUACUAGGCAGGAAGAGCUCUUGUGUUCUUGCUUUUCCGAUCUUUUUUAAAUCUAAAGGAGACGUGUAUUCUAGAAAUUAAACAUUUGUGUGCCAUAUCUCUUGAGUUUUGGAGAACAAUUGGAGCUCGAGCUACUAUAAAUGACAAGAUUAUCUUGGAUAUCUUUUUUAGCUUUCUGCAAAAUCACUUAUGUUUUAUAUACCUCUGCUAAUAAUUCAAAACUCUGAAUUUGCUUUACUGUAUUAACUUUUUUAAAAUGUAUUUUUGCAAUUGGUUUAAUUACUACAAAAGCCUAAAAAGCUAAUGACUAGGUGCAUGUUUAGUAUGCACUGUCUAGUGUAAAUUUUUUUAAAGCAGUAGAUUUUUAUUAGAGAUUAACUUCCAGGCCAUAUGAGAAUAUGCUUAAUCCUAGAUUUGGCAUUUUACAGAAAAGAAUUUUGACUCUUGAACUAGAAUUAAAAACUUGUUCUGAUUUCCUUGCUUGCCUCAAUUUCUAAAGUCUAGAAGUGGCAAAGAAUUUAGAUCACUUAUGCCCACAGAAUCUGUAUUUCCUUCCAGGGCAAAGUUGGCAUUUCCUAUCUACUAGCUUCCAAAAUAAAGUAAUCCUAGUUAUGAUAAUAAGAGCAACCUUAUUUUAUUACACUUAGAACCAUUUUAUGUUUUCAAAUUAAUCUUUGAGUGAAGAUGAACUAAAAAAAAAAAAAUGCGUUUUGUCCCGGGUUGCCUGCAGGUUCCAGUCUGCUGCCUCCGGUCACUGAAGAGGCAGUGAGGACUGGCACGGGGUGGGCUGGAAAGCCAAGCUGUCCUUUCAGGGUGCACAGUGCCCCAGCCAUAGCACAGCUUAGAAACAUGGAUGAGUAGACCUCAAGAUAGGUGAACACGGAGUAGGGAGCAAAAGAAGGCAGAAACUCCUCUGAGUUUCACAAGCAUCAGGCACAGAUCAGGGCACAAAGGAAGAAGAAAGAAGGUAGUUACCACUGGUCUGUCUCUGUAAAUAGUUACAGAGCAAUUUUACUUUGUGUUAUUUAGGAUUGAGAAACAAGUGUUAUUUAAAAGUCCUCUUACCCUCCAACCUUUGUCAUACUCCACAAUAUCUGAUGCCAUUUAGGCCUCUGAGCCAGUACAUAUUUUAUUGAAACUUUUUUUCUUUUGACGCAGAGUCUUGCUUUGUAACCCAGGCUGGAGUGCAGUGGCACAAUCUCAGCUCACUACAACCUCAACCUCUAGGGCUCAGGAGAUCUUCCUGCCUUAGCCUGCCUAGUAGCUGAGACUACAGGCACGCACCACCACAGGCUAACUUUUUAAAAUUAUUUUUGUAGAGACAGGGUUUGGUCGUGUUGCCAGGCUGGUCUGGAACUCCUGAGCUCAAGCAGUCUGCCCGCCUAGGCCUCCCAAAAUGCUGGGAUUACAGGAGUGAGCCACUGCUCCUGGCCCAGCUGAUUUUUUUGUUUUUUUGUUUUUUAUUUUAAGAAAUGGAGUCUCACUACGUUACCCAGGCUGGUUUCAAACUCCUGGGCUCAAGCAAUCCUGCCUUGGCCUCCCAAAGAGCUGGGAUUACAAGCAUGUUGAAACAUUUUGAGUAGUUGUUGAUUGCUAAAGGAAUUUCCAUCAGAAAUCGAGGUAUUCAGCCAUGCUUUCCAAAUCUUGUUUUAUUCUUCCACUGAUAAUAUUGGUCCUAUUAAGUUGUGGUGUAGUGAAGUAUUCACAAAUUUCAAUCCAAAAAAUUAUGUGAAUAGUCAGGGAGUUCUUUCUGUACCCUUGAGUUAUUUUAUCACUGUCAUGUGUACACCUCAUAGGAAAGUUCCGCUUUGAGAAUGAGCAGAAGGAACAGAUAGGAAAUGUGCAGCGGGUGCCGAUGUGUAGUCCUGCAGCCUGCAAGUCCAUGUGUGUAGGAAGAGGCAGUCACUUCCUCAGUCAUUAGCUUUUCACCUGAAACAACAAAACUAGUGGUAGGAAGCUUCUGAGAUGGUUCCCAGUGAAACCUGCCCGCUGGUGUGCACUCUUGUGUAACCUCCUGUCCUUGGGUGUGAGCUGGACUUAGUGGCUUGCUUCUGAGGAGUAGAACAGAAGCAGGAAGGGAGAGAGCACUCGUGAGGUUUGGUGGCAGAAAGUCUCUGGCUUCUGUCUCCUUGCCCUCUCUUACUUUUGUGCUUUCCUGCUCGGAAGGUGAGGUGUUCUUUGGAAAGGCCCAUGUGACGAGAAGCAGAACUUUCCAGCCAACAGCUAACAUGGAACUGAGGCCCUCAUUCCAAUAGCCUCCAACUGAAUCCUGCCAACGAGACAUGAGUUUGGAAGGGGAUCCACCCCAGUGGAACUCUUGAGAUGACUGCAGCCAACACCUUGAUUGCAGCCUUGUGAGAGACAAACCAAGAUGUUUGUUUAAGUGCUAAAUUUGGGGGUAAUUUUUAUGCCGUUACAGAUAACUAGUACAAAGCUAGAAAAAGAAAAAGGCAUAAUACAAAUUUUAUUAUCUUAAUGAGGCUACCAGCAUCUGAAGAACUGAAAUAAGGAGAAUUGUUCUUCCUCCCGCAUGAGCACCUGUCAGCUACCUUAGUCUUACCUUAAAUAAAAACACUUAACCAAAUACAUUCUCUCUCUCAAGGACAGCAAAAGAUAUUGAAAUUUGAUGAUUCUGUAUUUGAAAUGUAAACCAGAUUACAAUUAAACUCUAACUCUUGAAUACUGUCCCUUUUAAGUCACUUACCAAAUCUCCUUUAAGAUGAAAUUAUCUAAAAAUGAAUAAAGGAUAAAAUUCUUA